AAUCUCUUUUGGUGUUGGCGCGUGCAGGCAGGUUACGAGUUAAAAGAGCCGAGGAAACCAGCCAGGCCGGGAAAUUGAACCAGACGAGAAGUCUCAAAAUGGCGGGAUUACAAAUACCAUUUAAGGUCACUGAAGGCUAUCUGGGACCCCAGAGUAAAUUUGAAGCGUAUGGAUUAGAAAUGUUGGCUCAUCCCGACCCUAUAAUUGACAUGGCGGGUCCGACCACUGAAAUUAUCAUGAAAACACUACCCGGAACAAGAGUGACCACGAAGAUGUUAUCAACAGCUUUAAAGAAAGAAUGUAACGAAUAUCAUCUGAUUCGUCGUCAAGGAGACAACUUCCUGUUCUUGCUGGCUCCACCACAUCCAGGCUUUUAUAAAUUCCAGAUUUACGCUUUGCCGAAAGGUGAAGCGGGGCCAAGCAUGCAAGGCGUAUUUAAUUACAUCGUUCAUUGUCCGAAUCCAGAAAACGAUAUUCCAUUUCCAAAACAAUAUCCACAAUUUAAAGAUGGCGGCUACCUCACUGAACCGUUAAAAAUACCCAAAGGCAAUCGUGAUCCAGAAGUGAAAUUUAACGUUUCUGUACCGAACUCUUCUGAUGUUCAGGUCAAGGUCAACAAUGACUGGAAUCCAUUGGAGCAGACGUCACCAGGUACCUGGGAGGGCUUGGUUGAUCUCAGUAAGAAUUAUCCCCCAGGGGCUAAAGUGAAACUGAAUUGUAAAUUUGGAGGACACAACUAUAAUACUCUUCUAGAAUAUACUAUUUAAAGGAGAUUGAAAUUAUAAUAUAUUUAAUGGAAGCCAAUUGGGAUUGAUUCAACUGAUUGUAAAGAAGUUUUAUUAACUUUUAAUGUGUAUUGGGGACACCAAGAGCAUUGGCAUCGAUUGGCACCAUUACAUUUUUCAAUCAGACAACUUACUGAGGUUCUAAUAAAACUAUAACGUUUUAUUACGUCACUAUCGCAAACGUUGCUAAUGAUAUAAUAAAAGAACCUUGUGAUAACUCUCUUAGUUAUGUAAGAACCACAGAUGUCUGACUGGAAAUCGGAAUGGUGUAUAUUGAUGCAAUCAGUGUCCCAAAUAAACAUGCUCUUUACAAUCUCUCACAUUUCAAUUAAGGCAAACAAUGGAAGCUUUCUACUAUGUCAUAAUCGCAUAUUUAUUGGUUUGUUUAUAUUAAAAAUAUUAUUACUGAAAGAAUUAUGCUUGGAUAUAUUGUGUUUGCAUUUUUGCAGGAAUUCUCCCCUGUUUGUUGAGAAGCACUGGCCUUGCCUGAAGCGAGCGAGAUGAGGUUUUCUAUAUGGAAAUUGUUCUCGAGACUUAUGUAAGGGAAAUAACUACAUAUUAGUCAUAGCAAACGAACUCUUUGUUGAUCAAUUAGAUAUUCCAUCUGGAUAAGAUCUGGAAGUGAACACGUUUAUUGCUAUGCCCUUGCUGUACUAUAAUCUAGAAUACUAUGUUUGUUGUUAUAGAAAAUAUUUAAGUAAAUUAUAUCGAUUAUUAAACAUGUUUCAGGACUC